GGGACCUUCGACGGCAGGGGCACACAGCAGAGUAUCGCCCCGCGAACUCCAGCGGUCGGGUCGAGCCCCUCUUCGCGAGCCCGCGACCCACGACACGAGACGAAAGUCGUGGGCUCCUACGGCGGGGGUGGCGCUCGCGCUACUACACAACUCCCCCGCCGCGCGCGAGGACGGACGGCCGCCCGCCAUGCGCCUCCCCCUCCUCGGCGCGGCGUUGCCGCUCCUCCUCUCCCUCCUCGCGGCGUCGCAGCUGGGGGCAUCUGCGACAGCGGCGGCGGCGAGCUCCGGUGCCGCCGCCUCCGGGCGCGCGGAAUGGCAGGUCCUGACCAGGGCCAACUUCUCCUCCCAGAUCCGGCUUCACCCCCACAUCCUGCUCGUCGUCACCAUGCCAUGGUAUGGCGAGUCAAGAUCACUGAUGGCCGAGAUAGAACUUUUGGUUGCUGCCGAUGAGCAGGAGCUCGGGCAUCUCAAGUUGAUGGCUGUGUACAGAAAUUCUGAGAAGUUGCUAACGGAUGUACUUGGUGCCACAGAAGGAAUAAAGUUCAUAUACUACCAACGCUCGUUGCCAUUCAAAUAUGAAGGGAAGCUUCGUGCACGUGAGAUAUUGUCUUCAGUCCACUAUAUUAUGUCACUCAAGCAUGCAGAGGCCCCAUUUGUGGUUUUGCAUACGAAGGAAGAUGUGGAGGCUUUUGUUGAAUCAACUGACAAAGCUGUAGUUCUAUCUGAAUUCUGUGGGUGGUUUUCCAAAUUGGCUCAUGGUGGGAGCAACAGAACCGAGGGCACUUCAUCCAAAAAUCACACAGAAAAUGUUGACAUUUCUGGGAAGGCACUAACAGGAGAAUCGGAUGGGCCACUAGAGCUUGUUAUAGAGGAUGAAGAACUGAUUUUUGGAGGUGGGGUUCAGCUUGCUGGCUCUCCUUGGAAAGGUGGAUUUACCUUAGCAAACGGAAGCAUGUCAGAUCAAAAUGGGAUUACAACUGAUGAAAAUAGAAAGUUGUGUACAGCGGAAAAGCUUCAACAGUUUGAAAGUUUCUAUGCAAAGCUUACUGCUCUAUCAAGAGAUUAUUUUCUUCCUCCAGAGAAAGUUAGAUUUGGCCUUAUAACUGAAAGAUCAUCAUUACCUUCAUCAGAGUUUAUCAAUGAAGGCAAUUCGGAGACAUGGUUCCUCAGUGUUCAUUAUCUGGGGUGCACCAAUUGUUCAAUUGUUGCAAAAGAAGGUGAUGACCUAAGAAGCCUACUGCAAUCUUAUCAUAAUCUUAACAUUAACGAGAUGGAUAUUGAUGCAAGUGGUAUCGCUACCUUUCCUGCAAGUAGAUCAUCGGCUAUUCUAUUUAUUGAUAGAUUGUCAGAUUCUUCAAAAGUCAGAGAUGAAAGCAAACUAUCCCUCAAACUACUAAGGGAAUAUGUGCAGAAAAAUUAUCCAUCUCAUUUCAGUACUGGUGGUCUAACUAGUGGUAAAUCCAGAAUGAGCUCUAAAGCUGUUCCUUCCCUAGUUAGCACAGGUAGAUCUGCCCAUACUGAACGAACUAGGCUGAAUGAUUGGGCCUCCAAAUUAAUGGAAAUUGGGGAGAAAAUGUCAGUAAUGGUGGUCAAUGAUGGAGAAAGUAUUUCGUACAGAAGUGAUAGCCAAGGUAGUACCGAUAAUCCAUUAUAUGAUAUUCUAACAAAACUGAUACACAAAACAAGACCAGCACAUAGGUCAAAGAAAACAAAGAUAAGUUUUGUUGCAAAAGAUGUUGCCAUAAAGAAGCUGUCUGAUGAUUCUGAAGUCCAAGUGGUGGAAUCUCUGUCAAUUCGAGAUAGUCAACUUGAAAGAAAUGAAGGGUCAUGUGCCAGUUCAGACGGUGGUAAUGAUGAUUACACUGAAGAUUCUGUUCAUGAAAACAGGGCAACAGAAGCUGAAUAUAUCAAUGAUAGACAAGCACCCAUUAAACUUGAGAAAGGUCCUGCAAAUUACUGUGAUAACAAUGAAAAACAUCUUGAAUCCAGUGAUACAGAAGUGGAGGAAGAACACAAAACAAAGGCCUCAGAUGUAAGCCUUGAUCUGCAGGAAGAUAUUUCUGUUGAUGUGCACAGUAGCAAUGCUCCUAAAAAUUUCUGUAAGAUCAAUAAAGAAGAUCUUGACUGUAGUGAUACAAAAAUGGAGGAACAAGAACAUAAAACUGAGGCUUCAGAUACAAGUGCUGAUCUUCAGGAAGAGGUCUCCACUGAUGUGCAUUCCAGCAAUGAAGUUGGUCAUAUAUUACACAAACACAAAGAUGAGGAAACAGUUAGAGAAGCUUUAGACAUUUUGGAACCCGAUGGGACAAAUGUGAAUUUUAACCAACAGAAGUCAGGAUCAGCAAAUCAGCAAGAUGCUGUGUUUUCAGUCCUGGGUCAAGAAUCUCGAAGAAUUGAGGAUGCCAUUUAUGAGGAUAACCUAUUUAUUCUAGAUGAAGGAUCAGAAGAAAGUGAUAGCAAAUAUCCUGUGCAUGCAGCAUUAAGCUCUUCCAGUAGCCUUGUGGGCGAUAACACAUAUUAUACAGAGCAGGAAACUCCAAGUAUACCUGAUGAACAUUUUGCGGGUUCACUCUUCUUCUCUGAUGGUGGUUAUAGGCUUCUGCAAACUUUAACUGGUGGAUCGAGAAUGCCAUCCCUUGUAAUAAUUGACCCAAUUCAGCAAAAGCAUUAUGUCUUUCCAGAUGAGAUUGAAUUUACCUACCCUUCUUUAGCAAAUUUUCUCGACCAUUUUAUGAAUCGAAGUCUAUCUCCAUAUUAUCGUUCAGCCUUAUCUGUCAUAAGUUCGAAGGAGCUUCUGAGACCACCUUUUAUUAACCGUGAUUUCCACGAGGCAGAUUCCAUCCCCCAGUUGACAACAAGUAAUUUUUGUAUGUUGGUCUUUGGAUUUGAAGGUUGUGUUUCAAAAAGUGAACUGCCGUUUUCAAACACUGAAAAUAUUUCAUCUGCUUGGAAGAAGGAUGUAUUGGUGCUUUUCAGCAACUCUUGGUGCGGAUUUUGCCAGCGAACAGAGCUUGUUGUCCGUGAGGUAUAUCGAUCAUUCAAGAACUUUUUGAGUUCAAAUUCUCAAUUUUUACAGGCUCAAGACUUGCAGAUUGAAGAGAAAGAAGAAGAAUCUACCAUGAAGGGUUUUCCAGCUAUUUAUCUAAUAGACUGCACAUCAAAUGAAUGCCAUCAUUUACUGAAAUCAGUUGGCAAGGAGGAGCGUUAUCCCACAUUGUUGUUUUUUCCGGCAGAGAACAAAAGUGCAAUAUCAUAUGAAAGAGGAAUUUCAGUUUCUAAUUUAUUUGAAUUCUUGGAGUCUCAUGCUAGCAAUUCACCCCACCUGUUGGAAUAUAAAGGAUGCGCUGUUGUUGCCACUCUCAAAAGUGUCCACUCCACUGUCUUUUUGUUGGCUAGCAUACGAUGUAUAUUAGUGUCUUGGCUGGGUAGCUGCUUGAUGGUAGACUACCUUGUUAGAAGUGCUGAAAACCCCAGGGAAUGCGACGUGAACAGUGGAUUUCUGUGGAAGAAGAAAACGGUCGUGCAAGGUGAUGCACCACAGGCAAUUCAGUUUGAUAACAGCGACAAAAUCAGCAACGAUGUUGGUUCCCAUUCACCAAGUCAUUCAGAGAGGAACGAGGCACGUGUCCUCACAGGUUCCGUGCUCACUGCAACUUCGAAGCUCGGGUCUGCCGUUCCAUUUGACAACUCCCAGGUGCUCAUCGUAUCCGCUGACUCUCGUGAGGGCUUUCAUGGCUUGAUCAUCAACAAGCGCUUAAGCUGGGACACCUUCAAGAAUCUGGACGGCUCCAUGGAGCCGAUCAAGCACGCCCCGCUUUUCUACGGCGGACCUGUUGUGGUGCAGGGCUAUUACCUUGUGAGCCUUUCCAGAGUAGCCUUCGAUGGGUACUUGCAGGUUAUACCCGGUGUGUAUUAUGGAAACGUAGCCGCCACAGCCCAGGUCACCAGACGAAUCAAAUCAGGGGAGCAAUCUGCUGAGAACCUGUGGUUUUUCCUUGGGUUCUCGAACUGGGAAUACAGUCAACUAUUUGAUGAACUAUCUGAAGGAGCUUGGCAAGUGAGUGAAGAGCCUAUCGAGCAUUUGGUCUGGCCAGAGAAUUAAUUAGGGCAUUCCUCUUCUAUUUUUAGAGAAUAGACUAGAGUUUUGAGGGUUCCCGAAUUGCAAGUGUUCCAUGCACAUACAUGCUGACACUGCAAUAUGACGUUGUACUGCACUCUUUUUUUUUUUGGAUCAGACAAGACAGCAUUACACUAACAGUUUUGAUAUUUCUACUACUGAACUGUACUGCUUUCUUUGUGGAUUAGAAAAGACAACAUUGCAUACAGUUUUGAUAUUUCUACUACUGAAUCCACAGUAUGCAGUAUUUUUUCACUGUUACUGUA